AUGGAGCCCACCGUGGGGGCUCUGGGUGAGAACACCACAGACACGUCCACCAGCUUCCUUUCUUUAGUUAAUGCCCGAGGAGCCCAAGCUGCUUCCUUUCCGUUCACUCUCAGCUAUGGUGACUAUGACACAGCCUUGGGCGAAGAGGAGGAUGUGACCAAGUCUUGGACUUUCUUUGCUGCCAGGAUUGUGAUUGGCAUGGCUCUGGUGGCUAUCAUGCUGGUGUGUGGCGUCGGCAAUUUCAUUUUUAUCACCACCCUGGCCCGCUACAAAAAGCUUCGAAAUCUCACGAACCUGCUUAUUGCCAACCUGGCUAUCUCGGACUUCCUGGUGGCCAUUGUGUGCUGCCCCUUUGAGAUGGACUACUACGUGGUUCGCCAGCUCUCUUGGGAGCAUGGCCAUGUCCUGUGUGCCUCUGUCAACUACCUGCGCACUGUCUCUCUCUAUGUCUCCACUAAUGCCCUACUGGCCAUUGCCAUUGACAGGUACCUGGCCAUAGUCCACCCGCUGAGACCGCGAAUGAAGUGUCAAACAGCUGCCGGCCUGAUCUUCCUGGUGUGGUCUGUGUCCAUCCUCAUCGCCAUCCCGGCCGCCUACUUUACCACGGAGACUGUGCUGGUCAUCGUGGAGAGUCAGGAGAAGAUCUUCUGUGGCCAGAUCUGGCCAGUGGACCAGCAGGUCUACUAUAGAUCGUACUUCCUCUUGGUCUUCGGCCUCGAGUUCGUGGGUCCUGUGGUUGCCAUGACCCUGUGCUAUGCCAGGGUGUCACGGGAGCUCUGGUUCAAGGCAGUGCCGGGCUUCCAGACUGAGCAGAUCCGCCGGAGGCUGCGCUGCCGCCGCAGGACCGUGCUGGGGCUGGUGUGUGUUCUUUCUGCCUAUGUCCUAUGCUGGGCGCCCUUCUAUGGCUUCACUAUCGUGCGUGACUUCUUCCCCUCCGUGUUUGUGAAGGAGAAGCACUACCUCACCGCCUUCUAUGUGGUGGAGUGCAUUGCCAUGAGCAACAGCAUGAUCAACACGCUGUGUUUCGUGUCGGUCAGGAACAACACCAGUAAGUACCUCAAGAGGAUCCUGCGGCUCCAGUGGAGGGCCUCUCCCAGUGGGAGCAAAGCCAGUGCCGACCUGGACCUCAGGACCACGGGGAUGCCUGCCACAGAGGAAGUGGACUGCAUCGGACUGAAAUAA